AUGUCCUCUAUGGGGAAGAUCAACCCCCCCCAAGCCUUCAUAUCAAGCUAUGCGCCGCGAUUACGGACAUACGGGAACUCGUUGAUUUCACCAAUCGUCCCCCCUGCGAACACUCUACCAAUCCCCCGAACCACGAAACGAGGAACCACAGCCAUCAACUACGCCGAAGAUGGGUACGACGAUGAGGACUUCGAUAGUGAAGGACCACGGCGGCCAACUGGGCUUCGGAGUUUGAGGCGGGAUGAAACAACCGUAGACAAAGCUGGCCAGAUCGCGGAGCUUGGAAAAGAGCUCACCGCGCCUGUCGACGUCCAAGGAAUAUGGAGAGACUGGAUGGGCAAGCCCAAGGGCUCCAAGACCGAGAGACAGCUCCAAAUCCAAUCCGCCCUACCUCUCACCCUCAUACCCAUUCGAAUAGACCUCGACAUCCAACCCUUCCGACCCGAUGCGCCGCUCCCCACACCCAACAAUGCGCGAGAUUUCGGUAUCGAUGAAAGUCUACCGGCCUACAAACAGCCAGAGAUGACACCAGCAUUCCGACUGAAGGAUGCUUUCCUAUGGAAUCUUCACGAGGCCCUCACAACUCCAGACCAGUUCGCUAAAGUCUUUGUUGACGAACUCGACUUUCCUAACGAUCGAAAGCCCGCGCUAGUCAUGACAAUCGCGGGACAGAUCCGACAGCAGCUAGAAGAGUAUGCUGGUGUAGCUCUACACCCUUUAUUUCACUCGACAACAAGCACAGCAAAUGAUGGCAAUACAGUCAAAGCAAUCCAGCCUGCGCUAUCGCGAGACGAGUCAUCUACACCUGCCCCCGCUUUGAAUGGAAUGUCUUCAAUGCUAUCAAACUUCUCGAAUUUCUCAAAUGGCACCAACGGAACCCCUGGUACACAAACACCAGUAAAAGCAACAAAUGGCGUCAACGGUAUCACGGCUACCGCGACCCCAUUACCCGAAGAGGAUGUUCACAAUCCGGACGACACAUAUCGCUGCAUCAUAAAUCUCAACAUCAACCUUCUCAACCGCCUCUACAGUGACAAAUUCGAAUGGUCCCUGCUCCAUCCUCCCGGAUUCGCGGAAGUGUUUGCAAAACAGACAUGCGCGGAUCUUGGACUCGCUGGUGAAUGGGUUCCGGCAAUGACACAUGCCAUCUACGAAGCUGUUCUGCGACUGAAAAAGGAGGCCUGCGAGAACGGCGGCUUGGUGGGAGGGUACGGCGAGAUCGAUAACGAUGCUGCUGAAGGCGCGGAAGCCGGCUGGCGGUACGAUCACGAGCACCUCUGCGACGAGUGGGAGCCGAAAGUGGAAAUACUGUCUAAGGAAGAAAUUGAGAAACGCGAGGGCGAUCGCGAGAGACAGAUUCGGAGGUUGAGGAGAGAGACAGCACGAUUCUCCUCGACAGCGAAUAUGACAGGGGGUAUGCCCCAGGGUGACUACUUUGCCAACCCAGAGUCACAGGAGCAAGCGAUGGGUAGGGGCGAGAGGAAUAAGAAGAAGAGGCGAUUCAGGAGUCUGAGUCCGGUGUCGAGGGAAACGCCGGACGUGGGCGGCACAGGCUACGGAGGACAAGGUGGUGGGCUGCAGGAAUGGGAACGACAAAAUUGGCGAUGUGCUCACUGCUGGGUCUGGGGCUCUGCGGUCUGGGCCGUGAGAGAUGGACCUAAUGGCCCAAGAACCCUCUGCAACAACUGUGGCCUACUCUACGAACGCGACAAGCGACUCCCACCUUGGUCCAAAGACAAUUUCCUUCACGAGAAGGCCUAUGGAACUCGGUGAUUGGAUAUCGCGUUCUGAUCUGUUCUUUUUCAAUAAUCUAACCCUUUUCUCUGUAGAACUCCGGCCAUUCCUUGGGCCGCGUGGCAAGAUGUUCCAGAACACUACCGGAAAUACGAGCUGGACAGCCUUGUUAGGCUUUACGGCCUUUACAGCACUAUAGCCAUCAAGUUACCAGUGGAUCCGGCAAUUCAAGUGGACCCCGGUACAUCUUGAAGCCUUGGGUAGAUGCCGUGUUGCUGGAGUCGACUGGAUGAGGAGCCACGUUUGGUGAACGGACUUUCUUGCA